AUGCCCAGCCAGCGUCUGCGCGUACGUAUACUGCAGGAACAGGACGCGUCAGAGCUGCGGAGAGAGGGGAUGCGGAGCGUGGAGGAGAGGAGCGAGAGAGGAGCGAGAGAGAGGAGGGAAAGAACCAAGAUGCAGAGAAGACUCAUCACUCAACAGGCGCUGGACAUGAUCCUGAGUGAGGUGGACCCCAUAGACUCGGACGGAGAGGAGCUCCACCUGCAGCUGUCCUCGGACUCCGACUCUGAGCUCUCUUCAGAUGAGGAACCUGCUCCUCAGCCAAAAAAGAGAGCUCGAUUUGGUACUGAAGAGACUGAGACAGCGAAAGAUGGCACGGUGUGGCACGAAGAGCAGCUGGGGAAGCCGCUGGAUUUCACUCCAAUAGAAGCUUAUGCUGCAGAUGGAGAGCCAACGGCUAAGGCCAAAAGUAAUAUUGCAAGUCGCCUUCAGAGCUUUCUGUGUUUCAUUACUCCUGAAAUGCUUCGUACCAUUCAACGAUGGACCACUCAACACGCAACGCAAACGGAGCACAGCGAUUGGUUCAUGGACCUUGCAGAACUAAUGGCAUUUAUAGCAAUUGUCAUUUUGCGUGGUCUCACUAAAAGGCCAUCUCUCCGGGACUGCUGGUCUGCACACCUGGGAAACCCACAUAUCAUUGGAAUCAUGUCCCGAAACCGCUUCCAAAACAUCAUGCAACACCUGCGCUUCGACGACAAGUUCACCCGCGAAGACCGGGCAAAGACUGAUACGUUUGCUGCAAUGUCUGAUGUGUGGGGAUCGUUUGUCACCAACUGCAGCACUUUGUACAAUCCCGGUCGACACAUCACCGUUGGGGAACAGCUUUUCCCAUCAAAGACCCGCUGCUGUUUCCUGCAGUACAUCGCUACUAAACCUGACAAGUUUGGGAUCAAGUUUUGGGUGGCCUGCGACUUGAAAUCCAAGUACAUUUGCAACGUCCUCCCAUGUCUUGGCAAGAACUCCAGUCGUUCCAGCGGUGAGUCUGAAACUGUUGUGAUGAGGCUGAUGAAACCAUUCCUGGACAAGGGCAGGAAUGUGACCACGGACAAUAUCUUUACAUCACUACCACUUGCACAACGACUGCUUGAACGGAAAACUACCAUCCUCGGCGCAGUCAACAAGAAUCGCCGGGAAAUUCCUCAAUCCACAAAACGUAUGGACCGCAAAGAAUUCACCACUGAGUUGUUUUCGACCGCGGGAGCGACGAUCACAGUGUACGCUCCCAAACGGAAGAAGGCUGUCUACGUUCUCAGCAGCAUGCACAGCCUCGUUCAGACGGAAGAUACCACCAAAAGGAAGCCAAACACUGUCACCCUGUACAACACCACGAAGCGCGGCGUGGAUGAGAUGGAGCAGAUGCUGCGGGAGUACAGCGUCCGCUCAGGAACACGCCGCUGGCCGGUCGCCGUGUUCUAUAACAUGAUCGAUAUGGCAGCACUGAACGCACAUGUUCUUUAUCAAGCAUGCACCGGGAAGCAGGAGAGACGGGUGAAGUUUCUGGUGGAGCUUGCAAGAGAAUUGGCUCACUGUCACGUUGCUGCGAAGAAGGAACAAAGGGAAGAAAUGCUUCGGAAACAGCCGUCCACACCCGGAACGAGAGCCCUGUGUCAGGUCCGAGUGCAACAGGCGGUGGUGGGAAGUGUGGAAGCUGGAGCAUGA